UGCCUUCAAAGAUUCACGUUUUGAUCCGAUCACUUUGCAUGAAGUUGAUCAGUUACACUGUACUGUGAGCAUUUUAAUUAAUUUUGAGAAAGCUCGAGAUUAUCGCGACUGGGUUGUUGGCAUUCAUGGAAUCAGGAUUGAAUUUCAAGACAGUCAUCACUAUCGUGAUGCUGUAUAUCUUCCAGAAGUUGCAAGUGAACAAGGUUGGGACCAUACAGAAACGAUAGAUAAUUUGAUGAGAAAGGGCGGUUAUCGUGGGCAUAUCUCGGAAGAAACCCGGAUGAAAGUGAACGUUGUCAGAUUUCAGUCUGACAAAAUUUUGAUGAGCCACCAGGAAUAUGUAGAUUAUAAAUCAAACUACGGUGAACCAGUGCUAACUGAUCCCGGUGGACGUCGAGGUCUUUUCCAUUCUUGUAGGCCUUAA